ACGAAUUAUAAAAACCAAGGCCGAAGAAGACAAACAGAAUUCAUAAAAUAUCUAGAAUCUAAAUAAAAAACUAUGAUGAAAAAUAGCAAACAAAAUAACAUGAAAUCAACCGAAUAUCUCUCUAAAGAUAUAAUCGACGAGGACUUAUUACGAUCGUUUGCCCCUACUCGUUAUUGGCAAUUAAUAAUAGGAACUUGCCGUGUCGACUGUAGAGACAGAUUUGUGACUACCCCCACGUUAUAUCAAAGAUUGUAUUCAAUUUUUCUACUAAUAUUAGUAUUACUAAUACAGUUUCAAUUCAUAGAAGUAUUAAAUGUCAUAUUUCAUGAUUAUCAAACCUUAUACAUUAUAAGCGUUGUAAUGAUAUAUGUCCAAGUACUAAUAUACUCAUUGACGAUUAUAGAUGUAAGAUUCGUUCAUAAUGAAAAACACAAGGAGCUUUAUAUAAAAAUGCAAGAUCUUGAUAAUUUUAUAAAAAACAACAACAAAAAGAGUCUUUAUGAUUGCAUUUAUAAAUUAAACAUAGUAACAGUAACAACAAUUUUAAUGACAUUACUGUUGCCUCUGUUAUCAAGUUUUGAAGGAUUUACAGCAGUAAUCAAUAUGACUAUAAUGUUUUACACGGAUAUGACAAUUUUAUUCGAAAUUACUCACUACUCAAAUCUUAUGGUAUACUUUGCAAUGCACUUGCGUUGUGUAAAUCGUAUAAUAAAAAAUCAUUUGAAAGAAGAAUUUAAAGAGAACAUUAUAGAUCUGGCAAUACCAUUAAGUAGCGGAUACUAUGGCAAAGAACUUUUCCAACUUAUUGAAAUGAAAAACUGCGACUUACGAUCAUUUGAUGUUCAUAUUUAUUUAAAGAAAGUUUUGAAUGUAUUUUCGUAUUAUCAAAAUAUUUAUAUGUUUCAGGCAGUUCGUAUAUCUUGUUUUGCAGAUAUUUCUCUUCUGUUUCAAAAUUAUUAUAUGCGCAAUAUCGUCAUUUGAAUUUAUACUUUUACUUGUACAAAACAACGUAAGUAUUUUCAUGUAUUAACUGUCAUGAACUAAGGCAAUACCUACUAAUUAUUUCAAUUCUAAAAAUUAGGCUAAAUUUAUUUAUGAUAGCAUAUAUGAGAAAGAUAUUUUUUUAUUACUCGGGCAAUAUCGGAUCAAUAGUGGUAGUGAAAAAUUCGGCUUGGCAACCACAGUCUGAGGAAUAGGCCCUAAUU